CCACAACGGGCGACGGUGUUGGUCAUCGAGUCUACACGUAAUUCACUUACUUUCCAUCACUUCGAUAUGCUCAACGCCCUCAGGCUCAGCGAGCUACUCGCCAAAAAUGCGGAUCCCCGCCUGUAUCCACGCAUCUUUGUGAUGUCGCCGAACGGCACUCUGAUGGCCUAUUCCACCCCUGUCGACAUCAAAGAACUGCGAGACCAGGCAGCCCUAAUCUCCAUGGCUUGGAGAGAGCACUCGUCGCAAUCUUCAUCUUCUACAAAUCCCCAGUCUCCAACGUACGUUCCGGACAACGAGCCAGAUCCCCAGGCCAAGCUGGAAAUCCUCACCAUCGAGACCCAACACAACAACAUCAUUGUACGGGCUAUUCAGCCUUCGCUCCUUCUUAUCCUGGUGGGCACCGUACCCCCUUCCCGGAAGACGGUGUUCAGCAUCACCCCAGAGUAUGAAGGCGAUUCUAGAUACCCUCCCGAGGAGGAACCAUUUUCCUCCUCGCAUGGGGACUCUAAUUCUCCUGCGGCAGUGGUCUCUGUUGGUACGCCGGGGGGAUCGGAUCGAGGAAAGAAGAGAACACCAUCUAUUCUCAGCACCAUGAGCACGCGCGAUAAAGACGUAAAGCUCGGUGCCUUGCACAUUCAACGCAAGAAGAUCGACGCAUUGACAGCAUUCAUACGGAAAGAUUUUGAUGCCAAGGGCUUUGUGAUGCCGGAUGAUUCGACAUUUCCAUGACCUGGAUAUCUGGGGGGGGGGGGGGGGGGGGGGGCCUGUGUGCUCCUCGCUCUUUAGGUUCUUGUUUCCAGCACAGGCGCUGUUCGGAGUUUGAUUGUUUUGUGUGCAUGCAGUCAUUGGUAUUCGAUGACUCUGUUCUAGGGUUCUGCUUAAAACACAUUGGUAAUACCUCAUGUAUGUAUGGUGGAUUGAUUACUGUUUCGUUGCUUCGGCCCAUGUUCUUGUACUGUAGUAUUAGCCGAUAAACAGGAGUCAAAGAGGUAGCAGGAGGGUGGCACAAUGCGAAACUUUGUAGAUUCAGAUACGCUUGUUUUGUACGUUAUGUCUAUGGAUUAUUCGGAGAUAUAUACCUAGAUAUGGAUGUGUUCAGGGUUUUCGUCUGAGCCUCGGGCUUGCCUCGAGAUCACGUGAUCGUCACUGGCAGCCACCUGUUUUGAAUGUCAAUACAGCAUCCUCGAUACCCAAGAUCUGGAAGCUUGUAGAGUU